GAACACAUUGCCAUCCAUCGAAACCAACGAUGUCCUCUUCUUCUGUCCCAUUCACUUUGUAACAUUAUCUUGGCAUAAUCUUUUUCUUUUCUUCUCUCUUCUCUUGCUUGGCUUCAACUUUGGCGUAUUAUGUUAUUCUCUGCUUUGGUCGCGGCUCUCGGCGCAACGGUCGCGAUUGCAGCAUCCACUCCGUACGUUCCUGGAAAAGCAUUGUGAGUACUCGUAACUGAUAACUCGCACCUUGGCAGCAAGUCUGAUACUUACUCACGGCUCUCAGUGACCGAUUUUUCACGAUAUGGCUCGAGAACCAGGACUAUGAUAGGGUUAUAAAGAAUUCAUAUAUGAAGGGGCUGGUCAAAGAGGGAAUCCUUCUUUCCAACUAUAUAGCCCAGACCCACCCCUCGCAACCCAACUAUAUUGCAAGUAUUGCUGGCGACUACUUUGGAUUGAACCACGACGAUGUGUAUGCAAUUUGUCUUUGAUGUAGCCAGAAAAACAGGUCCUAACCUACCUUAGAAUCCAUAUCCCGGAGAACAUAACGACCGUGGUCGACUUACUCGACUCGAGGGGUAUUUCGUGGAAGGGCUAUUUUGAAGGAAUUCCUGGUCCAGGCUACAUGAAUGCGGCCAGCACAGCAAAAGACGGAUCUGGCUGGGACUAUGUCAGUAAGCACAAGUAUGUGAUGAGCCGUUGCCAGGUUAUUUGUGCGCUUUAGAUUGGAACCAUGCCGCUGCUAACUUGGCCAGUCCUUUCGUCUCUUUUAACAGCAUUUCGUUCAAUGGCACGAGACUCGCAAACAUCCAAAGUUUCGCUGAUUUCGACGACGAUCUCAAGAAGAACGAGCUCCCACAAUUUGCGCACAUGAGUCCGAACAUGAUGAAUGAUGGACACAACACUACGCUGGAAUAUGCUGCAGUGUGUACCGAUACAUAUGUUCGAAGUCUCCUCAAAGACGAAGAAUUCAUGAAGAAUACCCUCCUUCUCGUUACAUACGACGAGAGCGAAACAUAUAGUCAACCAAACAAGAUUGUAUCGAUUUUACUGGGAGGAGCUAUUCCGAAGAAUAAGAAGGGUACAACAGAUGAGACAUUUUAUACACAUUACUCGAUCCUGUCAACCCUGCAGAACAAUUGGGAAUUACCAAACUUGGGUCGUUACGACGUUGGCGCCAACGUAUUCGACAUCGUCGCCCAAAAAACAGGUUACAAAAACCACCAUCCCUCCAGCGUCGCCCCCCUCAACAACUCUCUAUCCUACGCCGGCGCUCUCAAUAAUCUCCCCGACAAAUGGAAAGCCUACCCCACACCCAACAUGCAACUCAUCGGCGCAGGAGGAAAAGGCAUCGAGCGGACCACCAAACUCAACUGGGUGACCAGGGAGAAGGAUACCACACCCUACGAUGGCACCGGACAAGUCUUCGAUGGCGGAAAUGGCAUUUCCGAUCUCAACAUGCCGUUUUAUAAGGCUCAGGCUCCGGCACCUAAUAUUACGUAUCCGCCCCAUUAUGUGGUUGGGGGCAAGAAUUCUGCGGGCAGGUUACGGGGUUUUGGCGGGCGUUGGGGGGUUUUUGGAUGGGGUGUUUUGGGGGUUUGGGUUGUUUGUGUAUUUUGAUUGUUGGGUUGGAUGGGAUGAUACCAGUUUAUUGUUUCUUAUCAUGGGAAUAGACGAUUUUCUUUUUUUCUUGGAUUUUAAAAUGGAGUUUGGGGGUUUCUGGGCUUGUGGCUAGCUAGCUAUAGGCUAGGCUAUGUGAAUGAUAUUUGGGGGUUGUGAUAGUAGUACUACGUCUGAGAUCUAGUAGACUACAAGGAAAGAAAUGCGAAACUACGAAUGAGGUAGAUGACAUAACCAGACCCUCUUUGUGUAAUCCUGUCCCUCUGACUGCUUCUAGGAAUAGGUAUAACUUUAACCUCGAGAAGUAGCUAUAGUAUCCACCUCAAGUUCGCACUCUUCUAGGAGGAAUAUACCACCAAUACUGUACCUAUAAUAAUCCUUAUUUAGGUAAUUCUAAUCCGCGAC